GUUGCAUGCUACAGACUGUAUUACUAAUCUCGUAGCACAUCAGUAGAUCUACGAGUCAUGACUUCCCUUCACUAACGACUAACGUCAGAUCAGUUGCAGGCGCAGGUGUGAAAAGUCGCUCAGUCCUCCACAGAGCAAGGAGUUCUAACUAUUGCUUUGUUGUACUUGGGGCAACAGCUACACUAUAAAGCUAAAUAGAAUUCGUGAUCACUCUUUCUACUCCUAUCAGUCUUCAGUUCUUGCUUGGACUAGCUGUCGGGUUUGUUCAGGUCACCCUGCAGACUUCUCCAGUUUUCAACCACAAAGCUAUGCCACUAAGCGCGCAUCUGUGAAUCGUCGAGGAAAGUCGCUGCAAGAAAAAUUAGCUAAAAGGCAGCUCGGACCAGAUCGACCUGAAUCGGCCCUGCGUGCUCAAUCAUUUUAUAGAACGGCAUCAAGGAGGAGAUUUGAGGCAAGCCUGAGUGUGACCCAACAAUGGUCGUCACGGGCUGCGCUCUUCAAGAGCAUGGGACAAUUCGCGUUUUCAACAUCGAUAUGACUGGCCUGUGCUCUGAUGAACAGGACUGCAUCAGCAAGGUGGUCAACAAGGCAGUGGCAUGGGAUGAGCGAGCAUCGCAGCACUCAAGACAUCUACAGGCUCGGUACAACUCGAUGCAAGUCACUAUGUCACUGCGUAAGAAAGGUGGCCGCACCUUUGCUACUGAUGCCAGCAAGCGUGCUAAUUCAGCCUCUAGCUUUGAAAUCUGUAGCUUGUGCGGCCGGCGGGGUGAGCCGAAUGCGUCGCCGACAUCUACUGGAUCAGCGGAAACACACAUGUGCAGCGUAUGCUCAAUGAGGUGGCACUACUCACUGUCAUCAGGGUUCUGGCGGAGCAGUGAAUGGAGAGUGAGAACAGAAUGUCAAGGUGGCUGGGGCCUAGUUUUGGUCUGUGGAUUGUCAUCAAGCGGUGGUGUGCUGAGGACGUAUGUGUGUCAAGUGAUGGCUGGGAGCUCAGCAGCAUCAGCUGGAGUAAUGAUGGGUGAUGAAGUCCUGUCAUGGGGCCACAAGGAUGUUGUCGGACGGCCAUUCAAGCGUGUUUCCAGUAUCCUGCAUCACUGUAAGAUGCCUAGCGUGGAUAUGAGGCUGCGUCGUCGUUCAAGAGAUGGCCGCUAUACGGAAUUGGAGGUACAUAUUGUGCCUGCACAUUUCUUCGGCGACAGCUAUCAGGAGUGUCAUAUGAAGACAUCGCAAAUACUUUGUGACCCGGCACAGCUCAUCUUGCCAAACUCGUUCUCUGAGGUGGAGUUGAAGGUGGGCAAAGAUCAUCUGUUUCCCAACGGUCGUAUCCAGCUUUCUCUCACCAAGCGACCACAGGGAACGAGCAUGAGUCUAAAGAUGGAGGUGAUGUGCGCCAGCUACUUGCCAGUCGCAACGGGCAUGCAAUCAGCUCUCCUACAUGUCUCAGCAUGCAUUGUCAAAUCUCCGAGAAAGUCAACAGAGAAGAUGACUCAGCCGUCACCUCGAUCCCCUAGUCCAUGUUGGUAUGAGCAUCUGCAGUUGGAAGCCUUCCAUUCAGAGAGCGACACGCUGAAGGUUACCGUCCUAGCGAAGAGUAAGAUACCUCUCCUGAAGAGCACCAAGCGGUUGGCCGUGGUACUGAUCAAGCUGAGUGAGGCGCGCAUUGACGGCACAUCACAGUGGUACGCCCUGCACUCUCCGUCCAGCGCGGACCCAGCCAACCUGCAAUGGCCAUGCGACGUGUUGCUGGACGAUAUCUACCUGCAGCACUGGCGCAGAAAGAUCUUCCAACUCGAUGCCAUGUCGGCGAGGGGAACUGACUCUGAUGACGAGAACUCGUCACUUGGAUCACACCAUUCACUGCCUCUUGCUCAUCCCAAGGACCGGAAUCGGUUCCGAGUUAAAGCCUUGGCCACUGCCAAUAAGUUCACGGACAAGAUGCGUGGCAAGCACCGCAAGGAAAAGAAACCAGCGCAAGUACAGGGUGCCCUGAAAAUGGCUGUGUCAGCACCCGAUCUACAAGCAGCGGUCAUGAGCUGCUCUACUGAUGUGGCAAAGAACUGGGAGAGACAGCAGUUCCAUUUGCAGCAUCAGAGGAAAGCCACCUCAUCGCAGUCCCUGGUUCUUAGUGACAGUGACACAGAGGAUACCAUUCCUGAUGGGAUCAGAAACCGGCGAAUGAGGCGCCAGCCACAGUCACUCGGAGCCCUGACCUUGAGACAGGAAUCACCGUCACCAGUGAUGAAGAUACCAGUAUGCUCUGUGGCGGCGAGUCCUGGAGGAGCUGCUGCUGCUGCUGCUACCCGCCGACUGUCAGCUCGGCAAUCCAGCCUGAACAGUGCAUCAGAAGGAGACCUGUUGCCCGGCGACAUGCCGCCAAUCGCAAUGCUUAGACGCCGGUCAGUAGUACCACGAGUGCAGCACGCACCGCGUGUUGCUAGCAGGCUAGAGUGUGACUCUGUCUCUGACCCUGAUCAGCGUCCGAUCGUUGAGAAGGGUGAUGCAGCCAAGUCAUCAGCUAGACUGGUUGCUACUGGCAGUACCUCAAGUACAAGUAGCUCUAUCACGGCAAAGAACCCGGUGUCCAAGACCAUGCAGAAGCUGGGACAAAAGCUGACACACUCCGUUGAGAAGUGCAGCGCAGCGGCCAGUGGUCUGCACGCAGCACGUCUCGGACGUUCACGAUCGCCGAAAAGCACCAGCGACGGUGCCGACACAGCUGGUGGCGUGGCCACUGUUGCAACAACUUCAUCUACAGAUCAAAAGACGAGUAAUCUUCUCGUAGUCCCUUCCAGUGGUCGCGGUGGUGGCAGUGGCGUUGUUGAUGAUAGGCAUCCACUGGACCAGUUACGGCCCCGGAGUGUCAGUCCCCAACCAGUGUCACUAGUGAUGGGGCGGCGGCAACACAAGAACAAACACAAGCGUGAUGGAAGCCUGUAGAUUAUGUCAGGAAUACUAUUAUAUGCACUUCUCUCGUUCCCUCUCUUUUCUCUCUCUCUCUCCCUUUCACUCACACUCUCUCUUCUC